UUCAUUUAAUAGGUUCAUUUGGGUUUUUUCAUACAAAUAGACAAUCUUUCGAUUCAUUUUUUUGGAUUCAAUUUUUUAUAUUGUCUUUAUUAUUGACUGUAGAGCGUCACCCUUAACUAGGCAAAUAAGUAAUAAUUAUUCAGUUUUUUUUUUUAAAAAUAAAAUAAUAAUUAUAUCUUAUUUAUAAUUAUUAGUAAUAUAAUUAUGUUAUGCUAGCUGUAAACUUGAAGAAAAGUACAACUCUUUAACUAACUUGAGUUUGCAUUUUUGAGCUUAAAUAGACAUGUAGUAUCCAAAAAAAUCAAAUUGAUUUGUCCCGAGACAAGCUUUCAAAUAUUUGUCUCCCUUUGCAAGACUUUAUCUGGUUAAGUACCAUAGUUUUAAUUUAUCACAAAUCUAAAAAAGUUACUGAUAUAACAUCCCAUAUUAUAUAUUAUAUUUUAAAGAUGAUGAAUUUAUUCUUAUUAUGUGAUUAUUACCUACAACUAUAAAUUAAAAUUUUUUUUUUUAGUGACCAUGAAUAUGAAUAAUUACUCCGUUGACGAAGGUGAUAGAACCAUGCUGAACAGUUUCCGGCUUAUUGAUCUGCAAACACUAUUGGGAGCUUUUGGUCUAUAUGCAAGUGGACAAAAAUCCGAAUUAAAAGAUCGAGCACUUGAAUUGUUAAGGACUAGACCAGCUUACAUUAACAUUCCAGCAUAUAUAGCAAAAAUAUAUGAAAUUUAUCGUUCCUUGAAUUUGCCUACUGAUGAUAAUAGUAUUAUAUUGCGCAGCUUAUUACAGAAACCAUCAAAAAGAAUAUACCAACCACUACAAUAUCCUCAUCAAUCAACGCAUAUGGUACAAGCUGAAUUACCUCAAGUUAUGCCCACUAUGCAAAGAGGCAUGUAUGGUAAUCACAUAUCAAAUUCUAUUCCUGCUAACAAUAUGGUCAAUAAUAACACUCAGUAUAUAGCUGCUGGCAAUUAUGAACCAUCCAGAACUAGUACCACAGUGUCAUAUCAAUUAUCCCCAAAAACACAAAUUAGUAUUGUAGCACAAGAUGCAUUAGGAUUAGGAACAUCGGCUAGCGGAAAUAAUUCUUGCACACCAUCUAUUGAAACUGUAGCUCAAAUUAAAUUCGAAAAGCUACCAUUUUAUGAAGUUAUUGAUGAAGUCAUUAAGCCAACUCUUCUAACUGGCACGGGCACAUGUACAUUAUUAAACGUUUCUAGAGAUAUGAAAGAAGAUAAAUUCAAACAUACUCUGUCACUCGAACAUGUCAAUCUCGUAGCCACAAAUCGUGAUAUUUCUCAAGGGAAAAAUGAAUAUCGUAAUCAGUUCCAAAUUCGAAUUUGUCAGUUGAUAGAGCCUGUACCUAAUGAGUCACCAGAUUACAUGCCUCUUGGACUACACAUACGAGUUGGUGGGAAAGCCUGUCCAUUACCACCAACUGCUCCUAAUACUCGACCAGGAACUGAGUCUAGACGAACUGCAAGACCUAUCAAUUGCACUGAAAUUUUCAAACUUUCUCCAAUAGUUGCCAAUAACAUCACAAUUAAUUGGAUUCCUGAUGGAAAAAAAUAUGUUUUUGCUAUGUUUCUGGUAAAAAAAUUAACGGUGGACACAUUAAUAAACAAACUUCAAGACAAAGGUGGGAGGAUUUCAGAAGGAACCCGAAACUAUAUAAUUCAAAAGUUAGCAGAUAAUGAUCCAGAUUUAGCUACUACUUCUUAUCGUGUUUCUUUGGUGUGUCCAUUGAGUAAAACUAUAAUGAAGAUACCUGCAAAAUCUAUAAAUUGUGAUCAUUUACAAUGUUUCGAUGCUAGGACGUUUCUUUUAAUGAAUGAGAAGAAGCCAACUUGGAUGUGCCCAACAUGCAAUAAACUUUGUUUGUAUGACGAUAUAGAAAUUGAAAACUACUUUUUAGAAGUUCUUUCAAGUUCAACACUUAACAACUGGAGUAAAGAAAUUGAAAUUUUGGCUGAUGGCACAUGGAAAGCUUUUAAAGAAACAAAAAGCACCAGUAGUAGUCAUACUAAAGUAAAACAUAUUGAUUGUGUGGAUUUAGAUAGUAACGAUGAAGAACCACCAACAAAAAGAGACAAGUUGGAAAAAAAAAAUCAAGUACAGCCGCAACAAGCUGGUACCAGUUCUGAACAAGGAGUAGUAAUUGAAAUAGACUGAACGACUGAAGCCUCCUAAUUUAUUUUUAUUUAUUUUUUUAAUAUUAUUAGUAAUUUUGAUAGUAUAAGCUUUUAAAAUUAAUGUAGUUUAAUCCAUGUACAUAUCAAUAUAUUUAUUUUGAUUUUUA